AUGGGUUUUGAAGAUCCUAGAGUGGACCCUAGCGGUGAAGUAGCGAAGCCGUCCGAAGAUUCGGAUCUUUCAUCUGAGCCUUAUGGUGAUGGUAUAUUGAUGACUCAUAUGCUGGAGAUUUUUUUGGGAUUAUUAUUGCCUUCAAACUUCUUGUAUGAAUCUGCCUAUGACGAUGUGUUAGACUUCAUCACUUGCUUUAUGGUCCAUCGGUUAUGGUGGUGGAUGUGCACGGCCGUGGUUUGGAAAACUUGGUGCAGAUGGAACAUCAAUGUAACAGUGGAGAAGAUGGAUAAUGAGGAUCUGGAUCUAUUGACAAGAAGAAGAUGGAUAAUAGCUUGA